GUGAGUCAUGAAGUGGGGAAGCUUCAUGAUAUCUGUUAGUUACAUGUAUUACCAUAUUCACCAUGUCUCCCGGCUGUCAUAUAUUUUACACAUAAUGCGGUUAAUGUGCUUUUAAAAGACGCCACAACUGUUUUUCCAACAGGUUUUUUAGGCUAAAUAUAGCCGUUAUCAGCGGCCGCAGCAUGAGUGUGCAGUUCAGUGUAACUGAAAGUCAGGGGGGGGGAACAGAUUAAGACACGAAACCAGAAGCUGCAAGAAGACCAUUGAGAAAAAAGAGCCGUUCCUCAGACUGACCUCAGCUCACUUCACAUCCUGCUUUUCAAAUCCACUCACGGUCCUGAAGUCGGAAGAAGAGAAUGAGAAAAAGGAGAGGAUGGGGACGGGGAGCGUCUGAAGUGUAGAGAGCGACAGGGACACAGAGGAUGGACAACAGAAACAGAGCAAUGAUCGUGGUGUUUCUGCUCUGCGCCACUGCAGAGACGGCGGCAGAAGGCCGCUCUCUGGACGUGUGUGCCAGCUGCCACUUUGACGCCACAUGUAACGACUUGCCCUACGGAUCUGGAAAAAUGUGUAACUGCAAGUACGGGUUUAUUGGAAACGGGAGAACUUUCUGUGUAGAUAAAGAUGAGUGUCAGCUCCGUGGGAUCUGUGGGCCGUACAGCACCUGCCACAACACGCGUGGCAGCUACUACUGUACCUGCCUGGCUGGCUACAGCCCCUCCAACAACAAGGACACCUUCAUCCCAAACGAUGGGACCUACUGUCAGGACGUUGAUGAGUGCAGGAUCACAGGCCAGUGUGGAGAGGGAGGUCAGUGCAGGAACCUGAACGGCAGUUUUUCCUGCAGCUGCCAGCUGGGAUAUGAAAUCCACGACGGAGUGGAGCCCUUCAACCCUCACAGAGACAAAGCCUCCUGCAAACUGGUGGACUGUGGCCAGCCGGCCUCAGGGGAGGACACGGUGCUGCUGUCAGUCACAGGGACCUCAUACGGCAGCGUGGCCGUGUUCGACUGUGAUGAAGGUUUUGUGUGGAGGAGUGGAGACCGGAGCUCAGUGUGUGGAGCUGAUGGACGGUGGAGAAGACUCUCCAUGGUCUGUGAAGAAAUCAGUUGUGAAGAGCCUGUUUUUAAAGCUCAUGCUAACAUGCUUUGGGACGGCACGUCACACAUGGGCAGUGUGGUGUUGUACCAAUGUGAGGACGGAUAUCACACCAGGAGCCGGAGAAACUCCUCAGUCUGUGCAGAGAGUGGACUGUGGGAGGAUGUUGAUCUUUGGUGUGAAGAAAUAAGCUGCGGCCCCCCCCUAACCCUCCCCCAUACUAACCUGCUGUGGGAUGGCAGCGGUGCACCGGGGAGUGUGCUGCUGUAUGAGUGCGUGGAUGGAUUUUACCAGGAGGCUGGAAAUAACAUGUCGACAUGUUUACUGUCAGGACAGUGGGGGGAAGUGUCUGUGCAGUGCAAAGCUAAAUGUGGCCCGGCUCCCUUCCUCCCCAAAUCCGAGGUGGUUUGGCACAACAUGAGUGUCGUGAUCCACCGCUGUGUGAGUGGACAUCACAGCUGGAGGGGCGGCAACGUGUCUGUGUGUGGCAGCUCUGGGGAGUGGCAGACAGCGACACUGAGAUGCAUCGAAAUAAAGCCACCUGUCAGUCACCUUUGUGUCCUCAAAGAAAAAUGUCUGCGCUGGAGAGCGGAGAAGUAUGAGGAGGAUACUGAAGAUUACAAGGUGACGUACGUGGGAUCCAGAGACUUCCAGAGGUCCUUUCAUGAUAGGAGGAAGCAGUUUGUGAGCUCGAAGGCCGACCAGCUGGAGCUCUGUCUGAACCUGCUUCCUGUCACAAACUACAGCAUCUCCAUCACUGCAGUGUCCUCCAGGUUCACAGCCAGCAUCACCACCAGCACCAGCUUACCAGUGCCUCCAGCACCAGCUGUGUACUACAGAGAAUUUGAAACUCCUGUACCGACCUUGAGGCUCCGCAGAUCAGCCAACACACUGGACCCAAUAAGUUUGUACCAGGUGUUUGUGCUUCCUGUGGAGGGGAUUGUGAUGUUUGACUGUUCCUCUCCUGCGAGCUCAAACCCCAAAAUAAAGUCCUCAGCAGAAUACAUCACUGCCCAGUUUGAUGUCCGACAUGUCGGGACAGAGAUGAACUUCACUGUCGGGGAUGGACUCGACUAUGGAGGCUUCUUCAAUGCACCACUGGAGAACGGCAGGAACUAUUAUAUCAUGUUACGCGCUGUCAGUCAGUGGAAAUCGGCUUUAAAAAGUUCCUGCGUCCUGUGGGCUGAAGUAAGAGGUACAUCGUAUGUUCUGAGGGUUUCUUCUCUGUCUGCGGCGGCGUUAAUCGGACUGGUGGCCUUUUUCAUGAUGUGCGGAUACAGUUCCAGCUGGUUUUUCAAGAGGACAUGCCACUCCUAAGUGCUGAUGUCAUUUUAUUUGUGUUGUUUUUUAAUUACAGUCUUGACUUCCUAUCUGUACGUUUUGUUUUGUACAUUUUGUAAAUAAUUAUAAUAAACAUUGUCUUUCACUGCA